UUUGCAUGCAGCUGUACUGUCAAUCGUGCAUUUAAUGGAUCAUUUGACCAUGAAACUGGCACAAUAUCAUUAUGUAGUGGACUUGACCAAUGCACUUCUCUCCACGAACAUCACUCCAGAGAGCCAGGAACGGUUCGCCUUCACGUGGGAAAGGCGACAAUGGACUUUGACAGUGUUGCUGCAGGGGUGUGUGCCUACGCCCACCAUAUGUCUUGUCUUGUUUCCGUAGAUUUAGCCUCCUGGCAGUGUCCAGAAAGGGUCUGCCUAUUCUGUUAUAUUAAUGAUGUUAUGUUAACCUCUGAUUCUCUUGCAGAUUUAGAAGACGUGGCGCCCCUCUCGCGGCAACAUUUGGCAGCAUGUGGUUGGGCCGUCAGCAAAUCCAAGGUUCAAGGGCCUGGAUUAUCUGCCAGAUUAUUUGGAGUUAUCUGGUCAGAACCUCACCUGUCUGCUGGAUGUUUCCUUCCUGGAAAUAAAAUUACCUCUAUUCGACAGUCGACCUCGAGUCACUUGGCUUUUAUUAAUAGUUAUAUUUUUAUAACAGCACUUAGGUUAAAAUACCAUUUGACACUAAAAGAAGCAUCCUUCUAUGAUUACAAUGUUAGCAUUUGUUGUUACCUUAGAAUAGCUGAGUUCCUCAAGGAUAGGGACCAUGGCUUGCUGCCAUCAUGUCUCUAUAUAUUUAACACAAGUGGAUUGAAUGGAUGGGUAAUCCAUAUGAAUGAGAUGGCCCAACUGCCCUUGGUUUUGAGUGAAUUUGCCAGGCCAGAGUGGGCUUUGUGUGACUCUUCCAUGGCCCCCGUGGAUGCUGGGGGCUGGAUUCAUCUGCAAGAGAUCCCAGGAAAUAGGGUUCCUAUGCUAGAGAUGUCUCAAUGACUUGGUAAGGAUUUCCUUUAGGCUUAUUGCAGGACAUGGGCUGCCACUGCCAGGAAACCAAACUGUUAAUUUGCCCAAAUGAGAUUCUCCUGGGGAGAAUCAAUAUUUAUUAGCAUUAAUUAAAAAAAAAGCCUGUGCAUGAUUUUCUUAGCUUUUCUAAUGGCAGAGAGGCAGACACUUUUGAGAAAGAAGCUUAAAUGAGUGAGGCAAGGAUUGAGGGGAUAGUUAAAUGACGUCAGCAGGAAGGACAGUUAUUCAUCCACACAUAAGUAAUCCACUCAUCUGGUUGGUUCAUCUGGCUCAGAAUGGACCCCCACAUGAUUCAGACUUUGCCAGCAUUCCUAUUCCUUGUGGAAUAGCAGGGUCCACUCAGUCUUGCAGUUCAUUAUAUGCAGUCCAUAUUAGGAUUUGGUUAGAACAGAAGCUACUCUAGGUAUUUCAAGUAGGAAGAGGCUUAAUACAGGGAAUUUGAGAUUUCCAUGGCCACUGGAAGAUGGAGAUUUCUGCUUUCAGAAAACUACUAAGUACAGAGGUCUCAGCGAAGCUGUUCUACUGAUCUCAGCAGCCACCUCUCCAAGGUGAGUAAUUCUCAGGAGGCUACCCAGAGGUGAUAAGAGAUAUAAUUGGUGAUUCAACAUUCUGCACCACCAAAAAGGGUGAUUCUCAGGGUGAUAGUCUAAACAUCUGCCUUCCACCAAUGCCCACAUGCCUGCAAACAGCUGUCCCUGGGAAGUAACGACUUCACUUUGGACUUCCAAAGCUCUUUCAAGAGCCUCUCCUUGACAGAACUGACCCAGAACCAUACUAGAAAGAGAGUCUUGGAAAAGAAGUUCCAGACUAUUCCCUUGAGUAGAUGGAAGGAGGAUGCUGACAAUCCUGCACAUGAACCUAUCUUCAUUCAUGCAAUGAGUUAUUUAAGGGAGAUCUACUGUACACCAGACUCUGCACUUGUGCCAAUCUUAUUUCUCUAAGAUUUUUGAGUACAGUUCUGUAUCUUCUAUUUUUUUUCUAUAUUCUAUAGUAUGUGGCACGAUGGUGGGCACAUAGGUAGAUAGAUGCACACUGAUUGCCCAUUGGCUUAGCUGACCUUAAACAUAGCUAGUCUGCUCUUUUCAAUGAAAGAGCAUGAAACGAGAAAUAUAA